GGUGUUGGUUGGCGAGGCGCGUCCCCGUGUCUAGGGCUGGUAUUGGCAGGCGAGGAAUGAGGAGCGCAGAGCGAAACCGAGACUUUUCUGCCCGGAGUAGAUUUUUGACAGCGGAAUUCAGACUUUAGACUGUCACCAGCACCGACGGCCAUCGGAUGAUUGCAGCCCGCCUGCAGGACUAUAGGCAACAGGGUUCUCGCUCUCGGAACACUCGGAGUUCCGCUGGCAUGCGCUAACAUGGAAACCAAACCGUUUCUGUCUUUAGAUUCUUCGGGUCAGUUCUCUCCGUCCCUCCUGAGCUCGUCCACGUCCCACCGGGGUCUGGGUCACCCCCUGCGCCCCCCCCUGCACCCCUCGCUGCACCCCUCCCUGCACCCCUCCAUGGGGGGGUCGGGCCCGCUGCACUCCCCCCUCAACGGCCUGGGGGGCCCCUACCCCAUCAUCAGCUCCGCCAUGGGCCACCACUCACACACACACACACACACACACACACACUCACACUCGCCCAGCAGCAUGGCCUUCAGCCCGCAGCUGAGUUCCCCUAUGAACUCUGAGGACAUCAAGCCUCCUCUGGGUCUGAACGGCAUGAUGAAGUCUCCCAGCCACGCGUCCUGUGCCGCCCUGUCCCUCUCCCUGGCCCUCUCCAAACACAUCUGUGCCAUCUGUGGAGACAGGUCUUCAGGUAAACACUAUGGCGUGUACAGUUGUGAGGGCUGUAAGGGCUUCUUCAAGCGGACCGUGCGGAAGGACCUGACCUACACGUGCCGGGAGAACAAGCACUGCCAGAUCGACAAGCGCCAACGCAACCGCUGCCAGUACUGCCGCUACCACAAGUGCCUCGCCAUGGGGAUGAAGAGAGAAGCGGUUCAGGAGGAGCGUCAGCGGGGGAGGGAGAGGAGUGACGGGGAGGCGGAGUCCAGCGGGGUGAAUGAGGAGAUGCCGGUAGAGAAGAUUCUAGAAGCAGAGGUGGCCGUCGAGCCCAAGACUGACACCUACACAGCAGGCAGCCCGGGAGCGCCUUCAACACCGCCCAACGACCCGGUGACCAACAUCUGCCAAGCAGCGGACAGGCAGCUCUUCACCCUGGUGGAGUGGGCGAAGAGGAUCCCACACUUCUCAGAGCUGGCCCUGGACGACCAGGUCAUCCUCCUCAGAGCAGGUUGGAAUGAGCUCCUCAUCGCCUCUUUCUCCCAUCGCUCCAUCGCGGUGAAGGACGGCAUCCUGCUGGCCACGGGGCUCCACGUCCACAGGAACAGCGCCCACAGCGCGGGCGUGGGCGCCAUCUUUGACAGGGUACUGACUGAGCUGGUGUCCAAGAUGAGAGACAUGCAGGUGGACAAGUCAGAGCUGGGCUGCCUGAGAGCCAUCGUCCUGUUUAACCCAGAUUCGAAGGGUCUGUCUAACCCGGCGGACAUCGAGGUGCUGAGGGAGAGAGUGUACGCUUCACUGGAGGCCUACUGCAAGCAGAAGUACCCCGAGCAGCCGGGGAGGUUUGCGAAGCUGCUGCUGCGUCUGCCGGCGCUGCGCUCCAUCGGACUCAAGUGUCUGGAGCACCUGUUCUUCUUCAAGCUCAUCGGGGACACGCCCAUCGACACCUUCCUCAUGGAGAUGCUGGAGACGCCGCACCGGAUGACGUAACGCCACACCGGAUGACGGAACAGACCCUCACGCUUGCUCUGAGGAAUAUCACCGCGCCACCAUUCUCAGAAAACCACUGUGCUCUCUCUUUCUCUCUCUCUUCUUCGCUCUGUUUCUCUUUGGUUCACUCUCUGUCUUUUUGUCCUCUAAGAACAGAACUCAAUCUCACGGAGUACAGCCACCGGUCCUACUGGGAUUUAUUUUGUGUGUAAAGAGACACUAGAGCAACAACACAUGUUCCUUCCCUCGUCUGUGUCAGAGAGGAGACAGGAGUCACGCAUGAAGAAGCCUGAUAAAGUGCAGAAGCAGAAUCUCUCGGCUCAGCUCCUCUCCGCUGUACACCUGAGCGGAGAUCAGUCCCUCUCCUCUCCGCUGUACACCUGACCGAGAUCAGUCCCUCUCCUCUCCGCUGUACACCUGACCGAGAUCAGUCCCUCUCCUCUCCGCUGUACACCUGAGCGGAGAUCACCUGACCGGGGAUCAGUCCCUCUCCUCUCCGCUGUACACCUGACCGGGGGUCAGUCCCUCUCCUCUCCACUGUACACCUGACUGGGGAUCAGUCCCUCUCCUCUCCGCUGUACACCUGAGCGGAGAUCACCUGACCGGGGAUCAGUCCCUCUCUGAGCUCUACCUCUCACCACUGCAGUGCUGCUUUCAGAGCAGCCCAAUGGAGUCAGGGAUUUCCUCACCAAACAGUAUUUCUUCCCGUCUCUCUCUCUCUCUCUCCCUCCCUCCCUCCCUCCGUCACGCGUGGGCUGUGGAUGUGUUCACAUGAUUAGAAGAUUUCAGUUCUUCUGCACCUCAGUCAGCACCCCUCCUCAUGGUGCUGUCAGAUUUCCUCAGCGCUCGCAUCAAACAGCAGACAAGAUUCUCUUCCGUGAGAGACAAGAUUCUCUUCCGUGAGAGAGCUGGCCUGCGUACGGUGCUAAUGGCGUGCCGUUUCCAGACGCAGACACAGACGUGUGAAUUCCUUUACCUACCUCUGGGAAUAGAGUAGGUGAAGAGAGGAGAAUAACCCUUCCUCCUCUUCCUCGUUCUUGGCACUUAGCUCUUUUGUCAAGUAGUGAUGAUGACACAUUCAGCAGGCAGAGACCGUGGGGUUUGUUAAGGUGUGGCAAGCUUAGCGUCUGCCACGGGUCAUUGACUCGCCUGUUUGGGGCAGAAAAGUUAUGAAAAGCAUAGGGGCGCCAAUCAUUUUUUUAAUGAUUAAUUAACAGCAUAUAAAUAUUUUCAGACAUCAAACUCACAUUUUAUUUUUCUCUUUGUUGGUUUCGUCGACUGCUGCAUUUGUUCAUACUGAGCAUUUCCAAAGAUGGUGUGUUAGUGCUUUGAGCCGGGUUGGCCCUGGACUCCCCGCAGCCGGUGGUGAAACAGUACACACACACACACACACACACACACACACGCGGGAGCCCGGGACUCACCUCAGGGACGCUGUGGACAUACAGAGAGCUUACAUGGCCCCCUGGUGGACCGAAGAGCGCACUGCAACCACAUCACGGCUGACAAACGGACUGAAGCCAUCAGAAAUAGCUGAACGAGCUUACAUGCACUCUUAUGUGUGUGUGUGUAGUCCUGGAAACACACAACCGUUCUCUGACCUCAGGUUUAAAUCUCAUGCAGUAGUAUUUUGGGCCAGAUGCUUAAUAUAUGGACUCGUUAAGUACAAAGCAAUAAUUCAUUUUCAUAUAUGGACUUGUGAUUUUGGAGUUAUAAAUUAUGUACAUACCAAGUAUUGCAUACUGAGCCGUUCGUAAUCAAACAGUAUUUCCCAGGGAGUUCCGAGUCUUUAGCAUUCCACUUCUAAUUUCAAACAAACAGCAGCGUCACCAUGGCGACUCAGACAUCCCAUCCACUGCCCAGUAGCUAAGGGUCAGGGGUCCCCAUCUGAAGCUGGGAUUGGCUCUCUAAUAAAACAUGCUCGACCAAUCAACCGCUGACUCUCAGAUAUGUGCAUUUCAUGCAGUGUAAGCAACAUUCUGUGUUGUUUUGUAAACAGUACUAGAAAACAAAAACAAGAACUAGAAGAACAUGUCCACACAGGGAACCCUGGGGAGCUCAGGCUUCAUACAGUAAGGUGAUGAUCUGUAGACCUUCUGUCUCCACUGCCCGUGCUAUAAGCUGCAGUGUGUACUAUUCUAUAAGCUGCAGUCUGUACUAUUCUAUAAGCUGCAGUCUGUACUAUACUAUAAGCUGCAGUCUGUACUGUACUAUAAGCUGCAGUCUGUACUAUACUAUAAGCUGCAGUCUGUACUAUACUAUAAGCUGCAGUCUGUACUAUACUAUAAGCUGCAGUCUGUACUAUUAGACUAUGGAACACUGUCUCCUCUUCAUGUCUUCCUCUUGUUUCAAGUAUUCCUUUGUAUUUGUUUAUUGCUUACCUAAACAAAUCAGAACAUCUGAAAUAGACAAUGAAGAGCAUAAAACGCACAGGAAUAUUAGCAAAUGUCCCGUUCAAAACUGCAUAGGUCCACUACGCUGCAUACUCAUGAAGAAGAUUUGAAUUUGAAAAUGAUUUUGUGCAAAAAUUGCAGAAAGCCUCAAUAAUAGAUGUCACACCAGCUGAUGAGGUUUCUCAGGCCUUUCCACAUGCCGACACACACACAUCUCACCUCGUGAUCCAGCUUGGGUGACCAGCACAUUCAACAGACUGGGUCAGAAUGUCAGUCACAGCCGGCUGGAAUAGUCGUGGAGGUUAGCGACACAGGUGACGCAGGUUAAUGACACCGGAAUUUAGACACAGGUGACGGGUAAGCAAACGGCAAACAACGCAGUGCAGCAAACAGCAAACACUCUUCUGAAUCAGCAUACACUCUUCUGAAUCAGCAAACAGCAAACACUCUUCUGAAUCAGCAAACACUCUUCUGAAUCAGCAAACAGCAAACACUCUUCUGAAUCAGCAAACACUCUUCUGAAUCAGCAAACACUCUUCUGAAUCAGCAUACAGCAAACACUCUUCUGAAUCAGCAAACACUCUUCUGAAUCAGCAAACAGCAAACACUCUUCUGAAUCAGCAAACAGCAAACACUCUUCUGAAUCAGCAAACAGCAAACACUCUUCUGAAUCAGCAUACACUCUUCUGAAUCAGCAUACACUCUUCUGAAUCAGCAUACAGCAAACACUCUUCUGAAUCAGCAUACAGCAAACACUCUUCUGAAUCAGCAUACACUCUUCUGAAUCAGCAUCCAGCAAACACUCUUCUGAAUCAGCAUACACUCUUCUGAAUCAGCAUACAGCAAACACUCUUCUGAAUCAGCAUACAGCAAACACUCUUCUGAAUCAGCAAACAGCAAACACACUUCUGAAUCAGCAUACAGCAAACACUCUUCUGAAUCAGCAAGCAGCAAACACUCUUCUGAAUCAGCAAACACUCUUCUGAAUCAGCAUACAGCAAACACUCUUCUGAAUCAGCAAACAGCAAACACUCUUCUGAAUCAGCAAACAGCAAACACUCUUCUGAAUCUCACCAUUCGAUGUCCACAGACCUAAGAGACCCCAUAAACACACUUCGUAACUGAAUCAUUAAAGUCGAUUAAAAAGAAAGAAUAUAUUUUUGUACAAAUGUAAUUUUAUCCCUCUGUUUCCUAUGUAGUUAUUUCCUUCAUCCUAUGGAAUGUUGUGUAAUUUGUGUAAAUGCUGAGUUCCCGAACGAAAUUAAAUAAAAAAAAUGGGAGAGAUGUCAUGAGUAUGUGAUCCUCUGUGAUGUCAUCAGUAAGCGCUCCUCUGUGAUGUCAUGAGUAAGCGCUAACAGACUCUUGUACUCCUGUUAUAUUGAGGGUUUGGAAUUUAUGCCUAAAAAAAUGGAGGGAGGAUUCCUUUUUUUGUACUUUAGUGAAAUUAGUGGAUUGUGUGUCACUCUAAACUGUUUGUUGUUGUGGCGACAAUUAAAAAUUCAAAUUUUG